AUGGGUGUUUUAAUGACCCGCAAAAGAGCCUUUAAUUGGUACAUCUCUCUUGUUGCUGCAUCAUGCAUGGUACUUUACGGUUACGAUGCAUCUGUCUUCAACUCCGUCCAAGGAUCCAAGAACUGGGUAGCAUGGAUGAACAAACCAAAUGCAAACACAAUUGGUUCCAUUAACACGGCGUACACGGUCGGCGCCAUUUUCGGUGGUUUCUUCCUCGGUGGUCCCUGUGCCGAUUUCUUGGGCCGCAAGUUUGGUAUGGGUAUUGGUUGUGUGCUGGUUAUCAUUGCCACUUUCAUGCAAACCUUCACUCCUCGACACAACAUUGCCCUCUUCUUGGCAGGUCGAUGCAUCAUUGGUGUUGGCCAGGGUAUCGCGCUGACCGCCGGUCCUAUCUAUAUCGGUGAAUUGGCACCACCAGAGAUUCGUGGUAAGAUCAUGACCUUCUGGCAGAUGUUCUACUCUGUCGGAUCAUUCAUCUGCUUCUGGAUCAACUUCGGCUGCACAAAGCACACUGCUGCUUUGGGUGAGUGGGACUGGAAGAUGGUCGUCAUUUUUCAGCUCCUUGUUCCAGUGCUGAUUCUCGUCCUUCUUCCUACUAUCCCUGGUAGUCCCCGUUGGUACGUUAAAAGAGGAAAUAAGAUCGACAAGGCUCGUGAUGCUCUCCGAAAGGUCCGUGAUACCGAGGAAGAAGUUGAGCAAGAGCUCCUGGAGAUUCGCGAGGCCAUCGAAUACGAGAAGGAAGCUAUCUCUGGCAACUACUCCGCUCUCUGGAAGGACAAGUCUCUUCGUAAGCGAAUGGGUCUGGCAUUGAUUCUCAACGCCGGUCAACAAAUCACCGGACAAGGCUCGCUCAACUCGUACUCUACCAAGAUUUACCAGAAGGUGUUCACCAGCAGCAGCCAGAUCGCUCUCAUCAAUGCCUUGAACGCUACCUUUGGGAUUCUCUUCACACUGAAUGCUGUCUGGAUUGUCGAUCGAUUUGGCCGAAAGUUCCUUCUGAUUGUCGGUGGUAUCGGCAUGGGUCUCUGCAUGAUUAUUGUCUCCGCCGUCGAAACCGAAACACCAUCUCUAGCCAACGGAGCCAAAUCAGAACCUGUCGGUAUAUCAAUUGUGUUCCUACUGUUCCUGUUCAUCUUCUUCUACAAACCAUCCUGGGGCGCAACAGUCUGGAUCUGGACGUCCGAAAUCUUCUCAAUGAACGUCCGCGCCCAAGCCGUUGGAAUGGCCUCGCAAACCCAAAACGUCGCCAACGCCAUCGUCCAACAAUUCUUCCCCAUCUUCCUCGACAACGAAGGUUUCUUCGCCUUCUACAUGUUCGCUGGAAUUAACUUCGUACUUGCCGUCUUCGUCUUCUUCUUCAUCCCGGAGACCAAGCAGGUCCCUCUCGAAGAGAUCGACACUCUGUUCGGUGGCGCUAAUCACGUUGCUCAAGGUGAAGAGGUGCUGGCCCACCAGAAGGCAGUCCAGGUGUCUCACGAUGCAAGCGAGAAGCCUGGUUCUGUUACUGUUGAGAACGUUGGCUCUAAGUAA